AUGUCGGAAAUUUUGAAAGAAUACAAAAAGCGAGAGGUAGAUUAUAAGUUAAAAGUGGGUUCUGAAGCCCCUCUUUCUUAUGUUAAUCGACAGCUUCAGCUUCAUCUACAUGAUGAAAUUCUGUUUACCGUGGAUAUUCCAUGGCCAAUACUACAACUGUGGUGAGAUGUUCUUGAAGGAGUAUCCAGUGAAGAUGCAAAUUUUAUUGAUCUGCUGAAUUCAACUGUGGUUGAUGGAUGGUUUGUUUUAAAACGUGAUUGCAAACGUCAAUAAUCAUUGCUUAAUAAAAAAGCAAGUGAUGUGAAAAUUAGCUACAGGAAAACGAGUGGAAGGAAAAGGCAAGAGUUGGAUGAUAAAGUAUACCGCCUGUCUGUGAGAAGGGGCGAGAUCGAUUCAACAGAAAUAGAUAAAUCUGAGAUCAAAAAGUGCCGCGAUGAAGCUAAAAUAUUCAAAAGAAAAUGUGGUGAUUUAGAAAAUGAAAUAAAAAUUCUUUCUGAAGAGAUGGUGAAUGAGACAAAAAGGCUUGAAGAGGAAAUUGUGGAUUUAAAAAAAGUAAACAAAGAGUUAGCAGACUAUGUGGAAAUACUGGAAAAAGAUCUAUCCCUAAACUGCCAGGGUAAAACAAUGACUGACGUGGGAAAUAAACAAAAGGGAAGAAAACUCUCAAACUUCUCAAAAACCGAGCUCAAUGUGCCUUGUGGUUUUGUCGAAGCUAUGGUUUGGAAUUGUCGCAUAUAAAGCUACAAGAUACAGAAGGUAGCAAUUACAAUUUGGAUUUCCAAAAUGAUACCACCCCCUCAGAUUUGAAAGAGAGUGACAAGGAAAAUUUAGAGAAAAUUUUAUUUUUGCUAGACAAAUUCUGUGUUGGUGAUGAGGUAUACCAUGAAUUGUCGAUUCUAUCAGAUGAUUUACCAAAAUCAUACCUGAUUAAACAAUUGCGAUCUGAUUUGAACAAAACCUACCAUAUCGAAAGAACUGCUGGGAAGUGUCCUGGGGCAAACCUAAAUUUUCCCUCUACACUGUCAGUUCAUGUUGAGGAGUUAUUACUUCAUAAGCCAGAGCUUAAAAAUGAUGUGGUUAAAGUGAAAGUGAGUGGAGAUGGAGCUCAAAUGUCUCGCUCGACCAACUUCAUGAUGAUGUCAUUUGCCUUACUACAAGGCAAUGAAAAGGUCAUGUCCUCCAAGAGCAACCGAACUGUUGCUAUUAUCAACGGUCCUGAAGAUUAUGAAACCUUAAAAGGGUCAUUGCCCCUUUUAUUUAAAGAAAUCAAUGAACUCAUCAGGACAGGGUCCAUUCUAAUUAACAAUGAACAUGUGAAAUUGGAAUUUUUCUUGGGAGGGGAUUUGACAUUUUUGUUGAUGAUGUUGGGACUAUCUUCAGCAACAGCCGACUAUGCUUGCUUGUGGUGCAAAGUCCACAAGGAUAACAGGUGGGACACAAGUAAAGGUAUGGACUUCUACAACCAGGAACCUAACCGAAGAACUUUGAAGGAUAUUCUAAAAUGCUUAGAGUCAGAAGAUUGUUUUAGUUGCAAAAAACGUAGAUCAUGUAGUACCAGAUGAACUACAUCUAUUAUUAAGAGUGACAGACAGGCUACUUCAAAAUGUAAUUGAUGAGGUGAGGGAAAGGGAUUCCAUUGAUAGUUGGAACAAAUCGAAGGGACAACCCAAGGACAAACAUUUGAACAACCUUGUUAAAGGGAUUAAUGAUUGUGGCAUCCCAUUCAGGGGCGGAUCUAGGAUUUUUCGUACCUCAGUCAAAAAAAGUUUGGCGGACGGGGCAUUACCGGCGCUGGGCGUGGUCGACUCCAGCCGGGGGGGGCACCAAAUAAUUUUUAUGCUGAUAGUCCGCCACUGGAUUUUUAGAAUUUUCCGUACGUAAAAUGCGAUUUGGUCCCCCCCCCCCACCUAUUAACCUAAAUCCUAAUUGACCAAAUUAUAAAACAUAUUUAGAUUAAAUUGAUAAACUCAAACGAACAUUUGAUUCUUAUCCACGGUAAGAAAAACUACAAAUGCACAAAGAUAUAUUGAUGCUAUUUCAAUACAAAAUUUUAUAGAUAUGUUGCAAUUAUUUAAUACUUUAAAACUCAGCAGCAAUUUAACAUGUUUGCCUGAGGAUUAAUGAAUCGUCGUCAUAUUGGUACUAUAUAUAUAAUUGUAAAACUUCUAAAAUCAUAUGGCAGCAAAUGUAUUAAGGAAAUACACAGAACUAUACAAAUAACUGCCAGUAGCCUGAGCUCUAAAAAACAACCAGAUAUUCAUUAACUAAAUUAAAGAUGUUAAGUCAAAUAUUAAUAAACUCUUACUAUUAAUAAAGUCUCACUGUGGUCUAUAUAUUGAACACAAAAUAUACUAUUAAUAAACGAGUAACAUCAGAAUGGCUACCAGCCAAUGAGCUUUUCAAGCUACCUUAUUAAUUAUUUCACAUCAUCAUGUUACACCAGACCAAUGCGGUCUAACAAGUCAUGUCGAUACGCUAUGGAUAAACAAUACUCUUAAGGCGUACAUGUUAUGUGAUUAAUGCAUAAAUAUAAAGAAAUUUUAAAUAAAACUUCACUAACAUGAGAAUCAACAAAUGCUUACAAUGUGGACAUGGAAUAUUAUAAACAUAUUUUAGCUUUAUUCUCGCGAGAAUUAUGCUAAUAGAGCAAUACAGUAUAGCGAAUAUAUUAAAAUAUCAUAUGUCAGACAAUCAUUAACAACACCGAUGGCUCGAUACUCCGGUUUAAUAUAAACUAUAAAACCAUAAAUUUAUCUACCUUAUUGCAGUGUAAGCUUUGUGUUUCUCUAGCAGUAGCUCUCUGCGCCAAAAUUUCUAGCGAGGCUUCUGCUUGUGCUGUUGAUGGCGCCGCUCAGUAGCUUCUCAACAAAAUCCGUCCGUGAGGCAUCGAUAUUCUUUUCAAGCUCCGUAUACAAACGUUGUAGAGAAUGUAGAGAAUCCAAUUCGUUUGCCGCAAUCGCAAACUGCAUGAACAUUGUUGAAAAUGUUCCCAGAUAUCGCUGGUAGAAAUCGCUCGUAAAAAUAGUAAAAUUCCUCAGAUAGACGUUCGAAAUAGUAAACACAGGUAAACACUAUACACUAUCACUAAUGCCGUGUUGACGAAUACCUCACGCUGCGAAUCCGUCGAAAAUAUAAGCCAAUGACAGUGCAGAAUUUUUUAAAUGGUUCAAUCAGAAGGCUCAUACAGAGCCCCUGAACCUGCGAAUCCGUCAGGCCUCCCCACAGAUCCGUCGCAAAUGGCCGUAACCAUGGAAAUGAACGUGUCAGCCAAUCAGAUAGCCGGAUUUAACCCCCGAAUCCGUCAACUUUCAUGCGUAAGACCGCUGUUCGUGACUGACUAACAUUACUUUGCCGAAGUUCUGCCGCAGCAUGAAAUGUAUAACUGGACUACCGGUACGAUUCAAAAUUUUAGUAACUCGAUCUACUGGUCACUAUAUAGAUAGCUGGAGUUGAAUUUUUUUAAGUAGGCAAUUUUUACUUCAGUCGCGCGACUGAUUUGACGACCCCUAGAUCCGCCUCUGUUCGCGUAUAGAAAACAUCACGGAUGUGAUACAGCUAUUCUAUCCUUGACAGAAGAAUGGAAGAAGGAACUCGACAAUCAUAAGGUGAUUGGUCUUGUGGCGAUGGAUCUUUCAAAAGCUUUUGACACACUGCCACACGACUUAACUGUCCAGAAGUUGAAACAAUACGGCACUGACCAAAAGACAACAACGCUAAUCGCGGACUAUCUCUCUAACCGACGUCAAAGAGUGAACUCGGAAGUAACUACUCUUCAUGCGAGAACAUUUCUGAUGCAGGAAUACCUCAAGGCUCCAUCCUUGGCCCACUGCCCUCCAAUAUUUUUAUGAAUGACCUUGCAUAUUUUAUCAAACACAGCGAACUAUCAGCCUAUGCGGACGACACACAGAUGUCCUAUGCAGAUAAAGACCCUGCAAAAGUGGAAGAAGUCAUUAACUCUGAUUUAGCCAAAGUCGACCAGUAGUAUAAAGAAAAUAUAAUGCAAAGAAAUCUCUCCAAGUAUCAAGCAAUCGUAAUGGGAAAACCAAAAGCCAAUCUUGAAUUCCGCUGUGAAAACACAACCAUUCCCAACUGCGAGGAAAUGGAACUUCUUGGGGCACUAUGGAUAACAAGCUGAAAUUUGAAAAACAUGUAGCAAAAAUAUGCCGGAAAGUGUCUCAACAAACUGCAGUUUUAAAGCGUAUGAGAAAUAUGCCCCCUUCGAAAUAAGAUCCAACAUUUAUACGUACUUUAUCGCACCGCAUUUCAGGUACUGUUCUGAAACCUGGCAUUUUUGUAACAAGAUCACAGCUGAUAAGUUGGAGAAAGUGAACGAACGUGCGAUCCGCUUUGUUUUCAAGGACAGGUACGCACCCUACGAAGAACUUCUCACAAAAUUGGGACUCUCAACUUUGAGGCACGAACGAAUUAAAAAAAUUAUUUGUAAUGUGUAUAGAUCAUUAAAUCACAGCAACUAUCCACCGAGCUUAAAGAAUUACUAAAUCUAUGGCAAAGCAAAUAUUCACUGAGAGGAAAACAUAUUCUUCAAAUUCCAAAGGUGAAUACCACAACUUGUGGGCUGAAAUCCUGGCGAUACCAGGCAGCAAAACUAUGGAAUUCGCUUCCUGACACUGCUGGAAUUAAAUAGUAUUAGUUUAAACGACAUUAGAAUCUUAGACAAUCUACAGUAACUUAAACGCAUUUUCACUUAGAUCAAAUUAAUGUAAUAACUACAAAUCUAAUUUAGUCUUCUUUUUACUAUAGUCUUAUAAAUCAAUUAAUAUUUUCCUUAAUUUUUAAAAAUAUAUGUUUUUUCUUAAAAAUGCAUGGAAAAACAUUUGAAAGAUUAAUAGUUUUAACUAUACAACAAUCAGUUGCCGAAAUAUAUUUUUAGGUGUGCUAUUUUGCAUUUUGUCGGCUAUGAUUGAAUUCGAAUGUAAAAUUUCAUGUAUGUUUUUUAAUCUAUGUUUUGAGAAGUUAAUGAUACCCUAAAGCAUCGUUUACUUUAACUACGUUUUAAUUUCAGUUAAGGCUAACCACUUUUUUUUAUACAACCGACUUAACUAUACGUGAUUAAAGUUAGCCUUAAACCUUAUUUAAACCAAUCAAACAUGAAAAUAUUUUCGGAUAAUAAUCAAGUUUUAGACGUGUUUGACCGGAGAGGGACUUCACGUGACUGCAGUUCUUUACUAUAUAUGCUGACCUUUCAUCAAAAGCAUAGUUCAAACCUGUUGCAUGUGAUAACUGAUAAACUAACAUGCAUUGAGUAUUAAUUGAAACUUUCUUUUUGUUGCGCACAUGUUUCUGAUAUAUAAUCAGACUUUUUAUGAGAAAAUUUGAACUAUUGAUAAAAAAAUAACGUGCUGUGUGUUUUUAUAUCCUCUGUAGAGAGGAUGAGAUAGACUUUUGUGUAACUUUGUCUUGUAAUUUGUUUAUAUGGCUUACUAAACUGCUUCAAACUUAAUUGCUUGAAGUGCAUAAUAUAUGUUUUUUCUUUAUUUUAAGCACCUUAUAAAGGACCUGUUAUCACAUAUAUUAUUGCUGAAAGCUCAACGUCGCUCAGAAUUAACUGGAAGGAAUUAAGUGAUGAUGAUGCCAAUGGUGUAAUAACUGAAUAUCGUGUUUGCUACAAGCCCGUAGAGUCUUCUGAAGAUAUCUGCAAGUUUGCAGCUCGGGAAACCAUGAGUAUUGUUCGUCGUUUUACCCUAUCUAACUUGAAGAAAUACACGAGCUAUAUAGUCGCAGUCCAAGCUGCCACUAAGAUUGGAUUGGGACCGGUUGGAGCAAAUAGGACAUGGCAAACAGAGGAAGAUAGUAAGUAUUAUAUAUUGUUCAAUUUCCUGCUUCAUAUAUAGGUGUACAAUAUUUUAGUUUUAUAACAGUUUGUUACAACAGGGUACUGAACAAUUGUCUUAUUGGCAGACAAGUCAAACAUUGCAUUGUUUCACUAUAGUGGCGCGAUUUGCCGAGCAUUAUGAAAUUGACCGCCAGGUUCAAAGGCUUAUUGUCGGGUUUUAAUAACGAAAUAAAUAAUAAAAAAAAAAAUAAAAAGAUAAAAAUUUAAGUUAUUAAAAUUUAAAAUUUUCUUUUCAGAUAAAUGAAUAAACAAAUCUUGGUUAGCUCCUUUUCGACCGGCCCUGUGAAAACUAUUGCAGAUCUGCAAUAGUAUUUUGGAGGUUCAUAUCUUCGGUUCAGUACAUGCUACGUAGAUGAAAAUACCACCAUUCAAUUCAGCGAAAUAAUAUUUCCUGAUUCAUCAUGAUAGUUUUAGUCAAAGACAAACAUUAUAGCGAUUUAUGACCUUUGAAGGGUCGAGAGGUAUCAUAUUUCAACAAAUUACAUAUUUGUUGUAAAAAUGUAAACAAUGUAGCACUAAAACCAUGCCUUUCGCUGGACACAACUUUGGCCCUUCGAACAUGUAUUUUUUGUUGUAGUCUUGUUCGAUUCACAAUCAAAAACACUAUUUACAGUGUUAUUUUGAGGCUUGUAGCCUCAGUUCUUCGUCUUUUAUUUCGAUAUUUCAAUCUGUUGCGAUAUUAGCGAACUCAGCGGGAUAUUUUUUGAUCGGAAAUGCGAUUUAAAUUCGCCAAAACAUCGAUUGUAAAGGUCAAAUUACAUCUGCAGCAUGAUUUGCACGUGCAUCGGGCUACGGGUACUUCUUAUUCGCCAAUUUUAGCGUGUGGGAGGCGCGUGCGAGAAAAACCAAGAAAAACCCGAUAUUUUUAAAAACUCAAAAUAAACAUUUCUACUGGCUGUAUUCAAGUGAAAUUCUGGAUAUAAAAGCGCUUGAAUACAGCACAUAUUUCACUCAUAUUGAUUUGAGCCGAACUCUGAAGAAUUCACAAGUUAUUUACGCUAUUGUGGAAACGAAAUUCCGAAAUUUUGGCCAAGCGGUGAGUAAAUAUAUGAUUGUUUCGGUUUGUGUAAUGCUUUGACGGCAUUCAACCCCCCGUUGAAAAGGUUAUUUUAUUAGGAUUUCAAUGGUAUUCUUUGUUUUAAAGGGGGGUGAAUACGCGCUGAGAUAUUUACGUUAUAAACAAUUGAGUUGUAAAAUCGUCAAAAUGUCGCUUAGAAUCGAAGCCAAAAAUACCGAAUUUGCACUGAAAAAAUUGAAAGCGCCAUUAUACGCGAAAUUUUCUACGAACAAUGUUUUAGUACGUCGACAGAUUAAACGCUAGACUUUCUUAAAGUUCUUUCCAGUUCUUUUUUCGCGAUUCGUAAAUCGACUUGUAGUCAAGUCUAAUCAAACGCCAUCACAGCAAUCUUGGUAUCAUUAUAAUCUUCUAAAUAACCACUAUUGACCCCCAGUGGUAGUUAUUUGCACACAUAUAACCUGUGGGUUCCCGCAAUGGUCUUAAUGUAACCAUAGUGGUGCACAUUUCGAAAAAUAAUUUUGAGUGUCACCAAACUUCAAAAAAUGCGCGAGGCAUUGAGAAAAAUUAUGACACUCGCGUGCUGGUCGAAUUCGCUACAUUUUAUGCCAAACGUCAUUAAUUGAAAUUUUCGUUGUUUGCGCUCAUGAUUUUGAUAUGGUUUGGAGAAACCCCCUUCCGAAAUUGGAAUAGUUUUAUAGGAAAAUUAUAACUAUUGAUAAAAAUUAAUGGUUAACUACAUGUAACUCUGUCUUGUAAUUUGAAUUAUUUUAUUUCCUACUACACUGGAUUCCAGACACACAGAGCCUUCAGUAUUAAAUAAUAAAUUGAAACGUCGCGAAGGCUCUGGUUCUACGGGAGGAUUCUUUGCCAAUCACAAGACAGUAUUAGUGGUUUUAGUACAGAACCUGUACUGAAACCACUAAUUCUGUUUUGUGAUUGGCGCCGUUAAAUCAAAGAAUUCUCCCGUUGGACCAGAUCCUUCGCGACGUUUCAAUUUAUUAUUUAAUACUGAAGGCUCUGAAAUCCAGGGUAAUCACCUACUAAACUUUUUUAAAUAACUUCAUUGCUUGAGGUGAUUGUCACGGGACUGAUGCAUAAUGUAUAAUGUUUUUCUUUAUUUCAAGUACCUGCUAAAGGGCCUGUUAUCACAAGUAUUUUUGCUGAAAGCUCAACGUCGUUCAGAAUUUCCUGGAAGGGAUUGAGUGAUGGUAAUGCAAAUGGUGCAAUAAUAGGAUAUCGUGUUUGCUACAAACUUGUAGAAACUUCUGUGAAUAUCUGCAAUUCCGUUGGUAAUGUUCUUCAUACAACGUUGUUUAACUUGGAGAAGUACACGAGCUAUGCAGUUGCAGUCCAAGCUGCCACUAAGAUUGGUUUCGGGCCGCUUGGAGCAAAAGUAACCAAGCGAACAAAGGAAGAUA